AUGAGUUCCUUUGCUGUGCCUCAACCAACUUCAAGUCGUAAACUAUCAAAAAGAAAAAGACAUCUCGAAGAAAUUUCUGAUGGACCCGAUGAUCAACCUACAUCACGCGAUGCAUCUGGUAAAGAAAAAAAAAAAAAGAAAAUUUACUUGUCCCAUUCAUAUCCUGUAGACGAAGAUAACACAGAUACUUCUAUUCCAGUCGCAAAAAUCAAGGACGAAUUUGCCCUUAAUGUCAAAAGACAACGUCAAACAGGCCCUACUAUUUCUUCUACCAGUGAUGAAGAAUAUGAUAUGGUUGCUCUUCCUGAAGGUAUUGAAGAACAAUAUGGCUUCAAAAUCAAUCCUCCUCCUGUUGGAAGACCUGUUCGUAUUUACUGUGAUGGUAUUUAUGACUUAUUUCAUUUUGGACAUGCCAAAGCAUUAGAACAAGCCAAGAAGGCUUUUCCUAAUGUCUAUUUACUUGUUGGAGUCUGUAGUGAUCUAGAAACCCAUAAGCGUAAAGGAAAGACAGUCAUGACUGAUGUUGAACGAUAUGAAGCUGUUCGCCACUGUAAAUGGGUUGAUCAAGUCAUUGAAUCAGCACCUUGGACUGUCACAAAAGAAUUCCUUGAUCUUCACCAAAUAGAUUAUGUUGCGCAUGAUGCAGAACCCUACCAGUCAACUGAAUCAGGUGAUGUCUAUGCCUUUGUCAAACAACAAGGUCGUUUCUUCCCUACAGAGCGAACAGAGGGUAUCUCUACCUCAGACUUGAUUACUCGUAUUGUGCGUGAUUACGAUGCUUAUUUAAGAAGAAAUCUAGAAAGAGGUGUGACAGCAAAAGAACUGAAUAUUUCAUUCUUAAAAGAAAGAAAGAUCAAGACCAAGAAAUCCAUUCAGGAUUUAAGAAAGACUAUCAAGACAGCCAUCAAUGACACCAUGCUUUUAUGGGAAGACAAGAGUCAUGAUUUUAUUCGAGGAUUUAGUGGUGUGUUUGGAGCUGAAGAUGUGGUAGAUAAAAUAUGGAAAUAUCGCAACCGUAACAGACAACCAUAUACUUGGUGGAAUGGUCCAUACAGACAAGAACAUACUGGUGUCUAUCACAACCCAGUCUAUGGUCCUUUACAAGAUACAGCAUUAAGAGCAUCUUAUAAACAAUCAUCCGUGCCAUUACCCUUCAAUCAGCCAUGGCCAUCUCAACCCUUGAUGAUGUUCGAUCCCAUGAUGUACCAUAUUCUAGGCACUUGUACAACAGAUCCAGUCCCCAUGAUACAACCUUAUUUAAAGCCUACUGCUCUAGAUUCUAAGCAGAAUAUAGCAGAACAAGAACCUAAGGAACAAGAACCUAAGGAACAAGAACCUAAGGAACAAGAACCUAAGGAACAAGAAGAACAAAAAGUACCUAUUCAAUGGAUAAGAAAAAGACGUUCUUUGAUGGAAAAUGUACUGGACUCAUUUUCGCUCUUCAAUGAUCAGCAUGUAUCAUUUUUAUUGAAUACAUCAUCGUCUAUAUCAGAUGAAACUAAAUCAUUGGAUCAAAAGCUGCCUAAAAGACUGUCUAGAAAAGCAACUGUACUACGCAAUCGUCAAUACAUUUGGUGCUAUCGACCUCAAAAAGAAGAAAAUACAUCAUGGACAGCAUUUGAUAUCAAAAAUCAGACAAAACUGGAUAAGCAGCAUGCUUUACUUGUAUCAAAAGUACAGCAGAAUGAACAAACUAUAGAUCCAGGCAUUAUUCUUAGUAAACAAUCUCCAUUGGCUGGACAAGUCAUGAUUUCCUUAAGCACAGGGAAAGCAUACUGUAUGAAUGAUAGUAGUGUGAUUUAUGAUGUUGCUUAUUUACCUUCUCAAUCAAAUGCCUUGGUUGCCUCAACCUACAUGGUUAAAUAG